AACAUGCAGUUAACCAUUCUUAUUGCUUUACAUACGUGUUUAAUUAAUUAAUAAUGUAAUAUUGGGAAUUAAUAGUUCCUUUCGUUAUUAAGAGAAAAUAAUGGAAAAGGGAGCAAUGUUAUGGAUACUUACUCUUGUUAUGCUGGUUGGCUCAUGUUUGGCUGGAUCAUUACCAUUAGUCAUGAGUUUGUCUGAAGAUAAAUUACAAUUAGUAUCGGUAUUAGGAGCAGGUCUUCUUGUUGGAACUGCAUUAGCAGUGAUUAUACCUGAAGGUAUAAGAGCUUUAUUUACUGGCGAAAUUACUAAUGAAAAACAAUUACAUGGUGAUUUACAUUCUUUAAUUGGAAUUAGUUUAGUGCUUGGUUUUGUAUUUAUGCUUUUGAUUGAUCAAUGUUCAGCAAAAAAAAGUGAUGGAAGACAAAAAAGUGUUACAGCAACUUUAGGUCUUGUAGUACAUGCAGCAGUUGAUGGAGUUGCAUUAGGAGCUGCUGCUACUACAUCUCAAACUGAUGUUGAAAUGAUAGUUUUUUUGGCAAUAAUGUUGCACAAAGCACCAGCUGCAUUUGGACUUGUAUCAUUUCUUCUUCAUGAAGGCGUAGAUAAAAAAAGGAUAAGCAGACAUUUAUUAAUUUUUUCUCUUGCGGCACCAUGUCUUGCACUUAUGACAUAUUUCGGAAUUGGAAAGGAAGGAAAAGAAACGCUGAGCAAUGUCAAUGCAACCGGUUUGGCUAUGUUGUUUAGUGCUGGAACAUUCCUUUAUGUAGCCACUGUACAUGUUUUGCCAGAAUUGAUGACAAGAAGCAGUAAUUAUUCGCAUGUGCCAAGCGUCGAGGGUACAACACUUUCUGCAACCGGGCUUAAAGUUAAAGAAAUAUUAUUCUUAGUAAUAGGAAUAUUUUUACCUGCUUUGAUUACAACUGGACAUCAUCAUUGAUUAAAUGAAAUAUUAUAUGAAGAUAUUCACAUAUGAAAAUAUGAAGAAG